AUGAGUAUCGUUUUCACGGAGGCCCUGCCAGCUCAGCGAGCCCUUAUAGUUGCGGCGGCCAAGGUUGCAUCAUUGAUCGCCCUCCUCACAAUCACUUUGAUCUGCUGGAUGUACCGCAACAAAGGGUUUUGGGCGUCUUCUUCUGCCAAUUCAAAAUGGAUCACCGGGCCCAAAGGCAAGCCCUUCCGGGGCAGUGUUCAAGAGCUUCAGACCGGAGGUGCUGCGAGCUGUAUGGCCUGGUUUUCCUUAUACCGAAGAUAUGGACCUGCCUACGAGAUGACGAUUCCUUUCUUCCGCUUACAUAUCAUCAACCAUCCAACCUAUCUCGAGCAUAUCCAAAAGCAUAAUAGCAAGAACUACAUUCGCGGUGCCUUUACGCGCAAUGUGUUUCAGGCUCUCCACCGGUCGAGCAUCUUUAUUUCAGAUGGCCAGGCUUGGCAACUACAGCGCAAGGCUGCGACACGAGCAUUUAGCAAGCAAAACUUUGAGAGACACAUCACCAGAUCUCUUCACCACUGGAUUGGGGUGCUCAUGAAGCUUCUAUCCAACCUAGCAAAGCAGGAGGAAGAGUUCGACUUCCAAGAACUGAUGAGUCGUCUAAUGUUCUGUCUCUUCCUUCGCAUUGCCUUCCACGAAGAAGAGAUGGCUUUAUACAUAUUGUCCGAGAAUGUAGAGAGUCUUAAGUCAAAGCCUGCUUAUGUGAAAGCAUUUGAUGAAGCCAACUAUUUGUUCGACCGGCGGCGCCGUGACCCUCUAUGGAAGCUGAAUGAGAAACUAUCCGGCGAACAUAACAUCAGUCAGAGAGCGGUCGAUCUUUUCUACGAACAGAUUGAUGGUCUUAUCCAGAGACGUCUUGACGCAAUGCGGCAAGGCUACAAGCCCAACCCAGAGGCCGGCGUGGACCUUCUGGACCUCUUUUUGCAAUCGACUCAGGACUUGUAUACUCUCGGUGGCAUGGUCUUUGCGUUCCUAUCUGCAGGCCGUGACACGACUGCAUACAGCAUCUCAUGGCUUAUGAAGGAAAUCCAUCACCGAGACAACAAACAUCUAGAUGCCGCCAACAAGAUCAGAGCCGAAGCUGAGGAGCUCGGAUUUACAAGUGGCUUUCUGGGUUAUGGGGAUGCCCCGAAAUUGCGCUUCACGAAUGCGAUGUGGGACGAGAACGCGCGCCUUAACACUGUUUCUCCAGCUGGUCAAAUGGAGGCGGCGCAGGAUGACACUCUUCCUGCCGUGCCUGAACUCAACAUGCCUCCUCGACAUAUUAAGAAGUAG